AUGAAAAAGUAUAUCGAUUUGAACACAGAGUUGAGAGCUAAGGCUGAUAACGAUUUUGAGAAAGACUUUUUCAAACUCAUGAACAACUCUGUAUAUGGUAAGACGAUGGAGAAUAUUCGGAAACGGGUUGAUGUGAGACUUGUCAACUCAGAAGAGAAGGCGGAGAAGUUGGUAAAUAAGGUCAACUUCAAACACUGCACCAUCUUCUCUGAGAAUCUCUGCACGAUUGAGAUGAGAAAGACACAAAUUCUCUUCAACAAACCUCUCUAUCUCGGAAUGUGUAUCCUCGAUCUCAGCAAGACUCUGAUGUAUGAUUUUCAUUACAACUACAUCAAAUCCAAAUACGGAGACAGAGCAGAGCUUCUCUUCACCGACACUGACACUCUUUGCUAUGAGACUCAGACCGAAGAUUUUUACAAAGAUAUAAUUAAUGACGUGGAUUCUCUGUUUGACACGAGCAACAUUCCAAAGGAGCAUUCUUCUGGGAUACCAACUGGGGUGAACAAGAAAGUUAUUGGAAAGUUCAAGGAUGAGGCGGGUGGAAAAAUCAUUGAGAAGUUUGUCGGUCUGAGGGCGAAGCUGUACAGUUACAAGAUGUUUGAUGGAGGAGAUGAGAAGAAGAAGUGUAAGGGAGUGAAGACGGGAGUUGUGGAGAGUACCAUGAGCUUGGAUGACUAUGAGAGAUGUCUGUUUGGUGGUGGAAAACAGUAUCGAAAGAUAAAUACCCUCAGAGGUCGAAAGCAUGAGAUGGGUAUGGAGGAGAUUAACAAAGUCGCCUUGUCCGCCGAUGAUGACAAACGAAUUAUUCUUUCAAACAGAGUGAAAACACACUCAUUCGAACGCCAGCCGGUCUGA